GCCCAAGACCAAAAAAAUAUAAAACCCCAGUUAGGGUUUUACAUCAACCCCCGCCGCACCUCUUCCUCUGUCGUCUCUCUGCAAAUCGCAACCCGUAGAGGGACUGUAUGAGCUCAGCAAUGGCGGCAAAAGCAAGGAACCCGAGAAAGACCCGAAACCCAGAUCUCGUUCGCGGGGUGGGUAAGUUCUCAAGGUCCAAAAUGUACCACAAACGUGGUCUUUGGGCUAUCAAGGACAAAAACGGCGGCGUUUUCCCUCGCCACGACGCGAAGCCGGCGGCAGAGAUCCAGCCUGAGAAGCCGCCCAAAUUCUACCCCGCCGACGACGUCAAGAAACCUCUCGUCAACAAACGCAAACCGAAGCCCACCAAGCUCAGGGCUAGUAUUACACCAGGGACGGUGCUGAUUAUAUUGGCUGGAAGGUUUAAAGGAAAGAGAGUUGUUUUUCUUAAGCAGCUUUCUUCUGGGCUCCUGCUUGUUACCGGUCCCUUUAAAAUUAAUGGUGUGCCCUUGAGACGUGUUAAUCAGUCUUACGUGAUUGCCACUUCUACCAAGGUUGACAUUUCUGGGUUGAAUGUUGAAAAGUUCGAUGAUAAAUACUUUGCUAAGGAAGUUGAAAAGAAGAAGAAGAAGGGAGAGGGCGAAUUUUUUGAGACCGAGAAAGAGGAGAAGAAUGUGCUGCCGCAAGGAAAGAAAGACGAUCAGAAGAGUGUGGAUGCUUCAUUGAUAAAGUCCAUUGAGGCUGUCCCAGACUUGAAGACGUACUUGGCGGCUAGAUUCUCUCUCAAGGCUGGCAUGAAGCCUCAUGAGCUUGUCUUUUAGACCAUUAUCCUUGGGAUAAUUUUCUGCUCUUCAGCUUGUUUUUUCGCUUAAGAUUAUCUGCGAACUCGGAAUUUUCAUUCGGAAUUUUCAUUUUGCCGGUGUAUUCAAAUUUAUACUCAUUCUGGUUUGGUUUUGAUUA